AUGUCGGGAGUUAGCGUGAAACAAAACAGUCAAUUGCCUGACCUAAUAAAUUAUAAACUGAGAGUCCUCACACAGGAUGGGCGUUCAUACAUUGGAGAAAUGUUGGCUUUUGACAAGCAUAUGAAUCUUGUUUUGAAUGAGUGCGUGGAGGAAAGAAUUCCUAAAUCUCAACAGAUGAAAAUCAGGCAGGGGAACACAAAAGAUGUCAAGAUUGAGAAAAGAGUAUUGGGUUUGACUAUCCUAAGAGGUGAACAAAUAUUGUCCACUACAGUAGAGGAUACGCCACAACUGACAAAGAGGGAACGGUUAGAACAGAAAAAGUCAGCAAAGAAAAAGCUGAUAAAAGAAAGAAACCUAAAUAAAAAGAAAGCAGGGAAAGUCUUGAAACAACAAGUUCAAAAUUCUAAUGGUAAACGUAAUGGUAUAAUGCGCAGUGAUAACAGUGAUACUGUAUCAGUAAAAAAGUUCCAACCUCCACCAGGCUUCAAAAAACGUUAG